AUGCGUUUAUCGUUGAAGGGCGUGUCUCCGUCGUCGGGACCAGCCGCCCGCCGGGCCGUCGUCGCCACCGCCACCACCUCGACCGCUCGCCGUCUCCUGGCCAAGGUCGCGGCCCCCGAGCCGAGCGAGAACUUCCUCGCCGGCAAUGCCGCCUCCUACAUUGACGAGACCUACCACGCUUGGAAGGCCGACCCCAACUCGGUGCACAAGUCCUGGCAGAUCUACUUCUCCAAUGUGGAGAAGGACGUCCCCCCCGGCAAGGCUUUCCAGAUGCCCCCCUCCAACGGCACCCCCUUCCAGGUCCCGGGCGGCGGCUCCAUCGACAGCAAGACCCUGCGCGACAGCCUGAACGCCCAGCUCCUGGUGCGCGCCUUCCAGGUCCGCGGCCAUGAGGUUGCCAAGCUGGACCCCCUGCGCAUGAAGGACACCGUCGUCCCGCCCGAGCUGAAGCUCGAGACCUACGGCUUCACCGAGGCCGACCUGUCCCGGCCGAUGGCCAUCGGCGGGUCCGACGUCUCUGGCAUCCUGGGCUCCGACACCCCGAAGACCCUGGGCGAGAUCCUGGAGAGCCUGCAGCAGACCUACACCGGGUCUCUGGGCUUCGAGUACAUGCACAUUCGCAGCCGCGAGGAGUGCAACUGGCUGCGCGAGCGCAUCGAGAGCGGCCCUCGCAAGUACACCAAGGACGAGAAGGAGGUCAUCCUCGACCGCCUCAUCUGGUCUGACUCCUUCGAGCGCUUCGUCGCCACCAAGUACCCCUCCGAGAAGCGCUUCGGUCUGGAGGGUGGCGAGAGCCUCAUCCCCGCCAUGAAGGCCAUGAUCGACACCGCCGCCAACCUCGGCACCGAGAGCAUGGUCUUCGGUAUGGCCCACCGUGGUCGCCUGAACAUGCUGUCCAACGUCUUCCGCAAGAAGCCCGAGGCCAUCUUCUGCGAGUUCAAGGGCACCCCCGACGCCAACGACUCCUUCGCCGGUGAUGUCAAGUACCACCUCGGCAUGAACCUCGACCGGCCCUUCGCCCAGGGCAAGAGCAUCCACCUGUCCAUGGUGGCCAACCCUUCUCACCUGGAGGCCGUCAACCCGGUGGUCAUGGGCAAGACCCGCGGGCAGCAGUACUUCUCCAAGGAUGAGACCCGUGACAAGAAUGUGUCGGUUCUGAUUCACGGUGAUGCCGCCUUCGCCGGUCAGGGUAUCGUCUAUGAGUCCCUCGGCCUGACCAACCUCAAGAACUACACCACCGGUGGUGUUCUGCACUUUGUCAUCAACAACCAGAUCGGUUUCACCACCGACCCCUUCAACUCCCGCUCGACCCCCUACUGCACGGACGUCGGCCUGGCCCUGCAGGCUCCGAUUGUCCAUGUCAACGGUGAUGAUGUCGAGGCUGUUGUCUUCGCCGCGGAGCUGGCCGCCGAGUACCGCGCCACCUUCAAGAAGGACUUCAUCAUUGACAUGAUCUGCUACCGUCGUCAUGGCCAUAACGAGAUUGACCAGCCGGCCUUCACCCAGCCCCUGAUGUACCAGAAGAUCAAGGACCACACCACCACUCUGGACCUUUACAUCGCCCAGCUCCUGAAGGAGGGCUCCAUCACCGCCGAGUAUGUCGAGGCCAUGAAGGCCCGUGUCUGGCGCACCCUCGAGGAGGCCUACGAGCAGUCCGACUCCUUCAAGCCCACCGACGAGGAGUGGACCACUUCCAAGUGGAUGGGCACCGGUCCCGAGGGCAUGCGCUCUCUGAAGGACGUCAAGGAGAGCAUCAUCCCCCCUCCGGCCACCGGCGUUCCCGAGGCCACCCUCAACAAGAUCGGCCAGGCUCUGUGCACUGUGCCGGAGGACUUCAACAUCCACCCUGGUAUUGCCCGUAUUCUGGACGCCAAGCGCAAGGCCCUUGAGUCCGGUCAGGACAUCGACAUGCCGACCGCCGAGGCCCUGGCCUUCGGUGCCCUCCUGUCCGAGGGGACCCACGUCCGCAUUUCCGGGCAGGAUGUCGAGCGCGGUACCUUCAGCCACCGCCACUGUGUCCUCACCGAUCAGAAGACCCAGGAUCGCCACAUCCCCCUGAACAACCUCGGUGAGGAUCUGCAGCGCGAGCAUUUCACCCCCACCAACUCCUCCCUGUCGGAGUACGGUGUGCUGGGCUUCGAGCUUGGCUACUCCAUGGCCAACCCCAACUCCCUGGUCCUGUGGGAGGGGCAGUUCGGUGACUUCGCCAACACCGCCCAGGUGAUCAUUGACCAGUUCAUCGCCAGCGGUGAGACCAAGUGGCACCAGCGCUCCGGCCUGACCAUGCUCAUGCCCCAUGGGUAUGAUGGUGCUGGCCCGGAGCACUCCAGUGCCCGCAUUGAGCGCUUCCUGCAGCUGCACGAUGAGAACCCCCGGGAGAUGCCCUCCCUGGAGAAUGACAAGAUCCGUCAGAUCCAGGACACCAGCUUCCAGGCGGUUUACUGCUCGACCCCGGCCAACUACUUCCAUGCUCUGCGUCGCCAGACCAAGCGUGACUUCCGCAAGCCGCAGAUCAUGUUCACCUCCAAGAACCUUCUCCGUCACCCGAAGGCCCGGUCUUCCCUGGCCGAGAUGUCCGAGGGGUCCGAGUUCCAGCGUGUCAUCUCCGACACCGGGGCCUCGCUGACCGCCGGCCCGGAGGGCGUCCGCCGUGUCAUCUUCUGCACCGGGCAGGUGUACUACCAGCUCGAUGCCACUCGUGAGCUGAACGGCGAGAAGCUCGGUGAUGUGGCCAUUGUCCGCAUCGAGCAGCUGGCUCCCUUCCCCUUCGACCGCGUCGUGGCCGAGAUGGACAAGUACCCCAACGCUUCGGAGAUCGUCUGGGCCCAGGAGGAGCCGAUGAACGCCGGCUGCUGGUCUCACUUCGAGCCUCGCCUGCGCACCGCCAUGCGCUCUUCCACCCAUCAUGCUUCCAAGCUGAAGGAGCAGUUCGAGCCUGUCAUCUAUGCCGGCCGCCCGCCCUGCGCCUCCCCGGCCACCGGUAACCCGACCAACCACAAGGUCGAGGAGAAGAACCUCCUGACCAGCGCCUUCUUCAGCCCGGAGUCCGGCGUUGUUCCUCAGAAGUUCAACAACAACCAGCCCAUCUUCUAAGAGAGAGAGAGACGACAGAGAAGGCAUCUGGGAAAGACCCGACGGCGAGAGAGGCCAAAGAUAGAGCCAGAGAGAGAGAGAGACAGAGAGAGGGACGCGCUCCUUUCUCCAUCUGCCAUCGAGGCGAUGUGAGGAUGGCGGAGCGGGGCGGCCCGUGUUCUCUUUCUGGCAGGUUGGCGUGUGUGGGUGUUGGUGUGGCGCGCGGCGGCCGGCCGGCCGUGUGUGUGCGUACAUCGGCAUUGUGUACGGUGUGUGCCCUGUUGCCACCAGGGCCUGUCCGCGCAUCCACAUCCACACAUCCACACAUCCACACAUCCACACAUCCACACACACUCCUCCCCACGGCGGAAGCCAUCCAAUGUCCUUGCUUCCGAUGAAGCAGAGCGCGCACGGAGCGAGACACAGUUGUGUGGGCAUCCCCGAGUGUGGUUGGUUCCGACGAGAGAGGGCAGAACGCAAGGCGACACGACGGGGCGAGAGAGAGCACCCUGAGAAUGGGCAUCGGGGGAAGAUGUCAGCCAUGGCACUCUGGUCCCCCCUCUCGCCCCUCUCUUUCGUUCUUUGCCGUUUGUCUGUUCCCCCUCGCGCGCGUGCCUUGUCAUUUGCAUCGCCCUAUGUGUGUGUGUGUGUCUGUAUACACGCUCCGCAUCUAGCUACGGUGUGAUGGCUGGGCCCGAGCGGGGAAGCUCCUCUCUCUUUCUCCCCCCUCUCUCUUUCUCUCUCUCUCUC